CACUAUUGUUGCCAGUUCUGUGUUGCAAUCUAAGCAAGUUUUGAGCAAAACAUCGAGUGAGUUCCAGCAGUUUCACGAAGGUAUCAGCAAAACUUCCCCAGACUUUGUCCAGAAGAAGCAGAUCCCUCGAAGGGACGUAUUGGCAUGGACGUUACCCGCUGCACUGAUUUGCGUGUGGACACACUGUGGAGGGAGAGCAGGGUAACCGUUCUGGCUGUAGACGAAUUGGGGCAAAAAGAGCUGUUUUGCAACAGGUUCUGGAGGAAGAAGUGGGUUUGGGGUCAAAUUAGCGAGACUUGCGAUAUAACCUGAGUGAUAACAAGUGUUUGAAAUGGGGGGG